AGGAACAGCGAGAACCUAAAUUACUGGAGUUCAAUCAUUCUAUCGUGCAUACAUAGUCCUCUAGAGGCCUCGAGUCGCCCUGUAAGAGCCGCGCCGCCCAGCAAGGCUGCACAACAUGGCGAGCCCCUGGCCGCAGGAGGUCGCAUGGCCUACCAAUCUCCACGAGCACGCAGCACACCUCACGAAGCAUCUGCAAGAAGCGCACAACCAUGUGAAUAGCAAUGGGGCUCGACCUCUACCCGCAGAGCAAGCACGCCUGAUCAUUCGGGGCACACUAUCAUUGCUCAUGAAAGUACACAAGACCCCUGACCUCACCACCCUUAAUAAACGCCAUGUAUACAGAGGCCAAAGCCGACGCGAAGAGCACCAUUGAAGCGAUCGAAGCAAUUAAACAAGAUGUAAAGAUGGCAAGGGACUCAAUUCAGAAAGGACUACAGAUGAGACAGGAAGCAGAAACGGCGGCACAGGAAGCAAAGACGGCAGCACAGGAGGAGGCAGCGAGCGCUGGCAAGGCGGCAGCAGGACUAGCAAAGGAGAUCAAACACAAGACACCGCAACAGGCCUCAAUACCACUAAGCUACGCGGCAGUGGCGGCCCGAGGGAUGCUAGCAGCGAGCAUACAUAGCCCACAGAAUGCAAAAACACCACCUGCCCAAACACAGCGCGAGAUCAUCGUGAAUAUCAGAAGUCCACAGACCAUUGAGAACCUACGCGCCAAGGGCCCUCGCCAUCUGAAGACCCACGUUGAGCAGGCCAUUGCCCAGAGCGAAAAUGAACUUAAAAACGACCACACAGGCUGAGAUGCAGGCCCUUCGACAGUUUGCUGACGACUGGACCCCCAGACUCGGCAGAGGCGCAUCAAUAAGGAGCCAGACAUACGGGGUCCUCGUACACGGCAUCCGGGUGAGAACGAUGGACGUGAGCGCGGA